AAAUGACGUCAUUUGUCGAAGUUGUCGGAAGGUCAAACAAAAUGGCGCUGAAGCUAGUAUGCACACUACUGCCUGUGUUUUGUAUGAGUCUUAUCCUGCAACUCGCAAUUUGUUUCUCCAUCUUCCAAAGCCCUGCAGAGCAAUAUCACCAAACAACUCACAGCAGCGGAGAUGCUUCCGAGCCUGACAACCAAACAAGUGCCUCCAGGGAUCUUCGUCAAAGUACCGAGUCUUCUUCGGCAAAACAUGGCGUUGCGAAAAUUAAGGAAUUCAUCGAUGAAAAUCCAUCAAGGAUACAGAUGACAAAAAGCCUCGAGAACAAUGAAAUUGUGAAAAGAACUUUUGAAAGAUCAAAUUCAGAGGCUGUGUCUUCGUAUCUUCUGAAAACUCUAUCGGGAAAUAAUAAAGUUGUUCAGCAAAGACCUAGCAAUCUUUUGACUACUUUACAGACAGACAAGGGAGAAACGAUUCAUCUUCAGGACAAGGCAAGCAACGCAUCAACACUGAGACUAGAUGAAGCCACCACGAGACGAAAUCAUAAAAGGAAAAGAAAACGAGAUAUGGGACUACUGUAUCUUUUUCCAGGAACCCUCCAAGACAGUGGUAGCGAGGACAAUGCGUCUGUGGACAAGAGAAACAGAACUCACAAAUCACGACUUUAUCUAUUUAGUAAUUUUACACUGGUUGAAAUCCCUCUCUAUCCAGAGACUAAUAGUCAAAGUACAACAAGGACAGCAGCAACAGGAGUCAGUCAGGAAAAGAAAACCAGUUUACCAAAGAAAAACAAUAACGAUGAAUGGAACCGCUUAGAUAAUGCCCAGAAUUUUAAGAAAAAUCUAUAUGAUCAAUUGUAUAUCAGUAAAUUGCCUACAGUCCAACAUAAUAGGCGAAAAAGCGCUUUGAUUUCAACAUUGGACAAAAACCAAGACAAAAAUGAUCUAUUUAGUUAUUUAGACAAGCUGUUUGGCACUAACGGAUCAGCAGACUUCUGGCUGGAAAGAGCACACAAACCUUUGCCUGAAAGGAGUUCAGUCAGGAGAAAGCAAGAUUUAAGGUCUUCUAGUCUGAACCUUGUCCAGUCCGACACAGAUGAUGAAAGCAUCGUUAAAAAGCUUUCGGAUUCCGACGAAACGCCGUUGUUCACAGACGGGAUGAAGAAGACGAGUCCUGAGUUCACAGACCUCAGUAGCAGCAACGUUUCAUCCCAAGCUGAGGAGAAGAAGAAGAAGAAGUACACUUUAAAGCAGCGUAAAGCUGAUCGAGGAAAAGCAUCUCGAUCUAUGUUUUCGAAAAGAUACGAUCCGACUUUCAGCGACAGGUCAUAUGAAUUUCCACCCCCUGGGGGACAUUUUGCUGCAGAGGAUGACCUUUACCGGGCGUUCAACACUUUUGCAGCGAUUAAUAAAGAAGAACCCGACGAUAGAUUACUGGAUUUUAUCAUAAGCUCCAAUCAAAUUAAACCUGAGGACUUUGACAUCCACUCGAUGAGCAGACGGCGAAGAGGUCUCAGAAUUUCAGAUGAGAUGUUGCUCGAGCAAAUACAGAGACAUAUUGCUCAUUUCGAAGAAGGAGAGAUCGCGCUUUUUAAGGUUCCAGCGCUUCGUCGAAAAGUUAUUAUACGCGGACAUCCUUUUUUAUACAUCCCGGGCUUCCUGUACGACCCCGGACAGUGUAGCAGAGAAUCACGGACCAGUCAACACAGGUCUGGAAAAUAUUAACUUACGCAUCAGCGACGACCUGUUCCGAGCUCACACUGACGAUGCCAUUGAUAAACUCUGAGUGUGUCCCCCUACACGGUGGAUCCAUGCUUCAUGCGUUGGAAGAACUGCUUUUGUUGGAGAAAGACAUGCAGACAAUAUUUUUAAAUAUAUAUAUAUGUUCAUUAUGAAGACAGGACGUAUUAUUUUAUGAACAUAAACGAAGAUAAACAACCCCUUGAUCAGCGAAACAACCCUGCUGAUCACAACAUUGCAUGUAUUCUUUUGUACAGAGGCAGUGUGGCACGCAAAUUUUCUAUGGAUUUAAAAUUUUACUACAAUUUUAUUAGUCAUUUCUUACGACAAAAACACGAUUGUGCGAAAGUCGUUUAUUUGUUUCGCGGGCGAAAAUAAAACGAUUGUUAUUGUAUAUCCCAUCUCCGACUACGAUCCUCAUUAAACGCAGUGGUUUAGGGGGGUUAUCUUCUGAUAGAUACAUAUUUCUCGUCAAUAAAACAUAC